GGGUGCAGAGGGUGUUGAUCGUGAUUCGAGGACGAAGCGUACGUGGACAUGUCAGGGGUGAAGAAAUAUAUGUUCACAGACUAUAAAUGUUGGUCGAAACACGGAUACGGUCUCAGUAUCCUUGCAAUGUUGCCGGCAACUUGACUUGAAAUCGGGAUUGAUAAAAGAUAGAUAAAAGAAGAUUCGAUUCGAAAAGAAUCGAAGAGAAAUAACGUGGAAAUAAAGAAAUGGACGAAACUACUAUUGACUCGAUCUUCGCGGGAUCUUUAAAAUCCUUGCCGGCCGUUAGCUCGAAAAUCGUCAGAAUAUUUACGAGCUCCACAUUCACCGAUACGACGAUGGAAAGGAACACGUUGAUGGCACAGUGUUAUCCAAAGCUUAAGGAUUAUUGCAGGGAAAAGCACGGGUUGGAAUUUCAGGUGGUUGAUAUGAGAUGGGGUGUACGAGACGAGGCCACUGACGAUCACAUGACCACGGAGCUGUGCAUGAGGGAGAUAGAAAAUUGUCAGAGGCUCUCAAUGGGUCCAAACUUCGUGGUAUUCCUUGGACAGAAAUAUGGUUAUCGUCCUAUUCCAACGUAUGUUCUCAGUUCGGAGCUAGAAAUGUUAAGGACAGAAUUGGAAGGUCAAGGGAUGGACGUCGGUCUUUUGGAUAAAUGGUAUAAAAAGGACAGCAACGCGGUUCCUCCGACGAGUAUACUACAACCAAUAUCCUCGAUCUUGAAAAAUUUUAACAAUAAAAGAAUACCAAAGCUGCAGCAAGAGGAUCAGGCCAUUUGGUGGGACACUAUGGUUAAAAUGCAAAAGCUAUUUCGAAAAGGGGCGCAAUCUUUAUACAACUCUGGAAAAUUUGACAAAGAUACUAUGCACAAUUAUUUUAUGUCAGUUACCGAGAGGGAAGUGAUUAACGGUAUCUUGAACGUGAAAAAUACGAAAAAUCAUUGUCUGGCGUACAUACGAUAUAUAAAUAACAUUAAUCUGCAAAAUUUGAGGAAAGCCAGUUUGUUCUUGGAUAUCGUUAAUAGAGGUUUAGAUAACGAGGCUUCCAAAUUGUUGGCAAAUUUAAGGGACGAAAGACUUCCACAAAAGAUCGAGACCAUAAAUUUGCAAAGGUAACUUUCUUUUCUCGAAGAGGAACGUAAUUUCACUUUCAAACUUUUAUUUUUUUUUUUUUUUUAAGUAUACACGGUAGAAUGGAUUGGACGAGAAGGUCUCGAUCCGGAAACCCAUAGCGAGUAUCUUCAGCAUUUCAUAACGCAUUUCUACAGAAAUAUAAUAAAAUUGGUGGAUCGUGCUAUGAGAAAAGAGGAUAGCUCCGCGCAAGGGCAAAUCAUAACAGAAAUUUUGCAACAUUUGCACGCGUGUAACAAUUCGGUGAAGGUUUUUUAUGGCCGAGAAGACACUCUGGAGAAGAUUAAAGAGCACAUGUUGGGCGACAGUGACAAACCUUUGGUGCUCUACGGAGAAGGUGGAUGCGGGAAAACAUCUUUGUUAGCAAAGAGCGCAGGAUUGACGAGUAGCACGUGGCUAAUUGGGAAAAAGCCAAUCAACAUAAUUCGAUUUCUUGGCACGACACCGGACAGCAGUGCAUUGACACCAACGUUAAUUUCUAUUUGUCAACAAAUCUCCUAUAACUUCAUGUUACCCUUCGAUGAAAUUCCUGACGAUUUGGUACCGCUAACCGCUUACUUUAAGCAUCUGUUGACACUAGCUACAACCGAGCAACCGAUUUUAUUAUUCCUCGACAGUGUCGAUCAAUUAACCGGGGUUCAGGGAAACAAAUUGUCUUGGUUACCUACCAGACUUCCGUUGAAUUGCAAGGUGAUUUUUCUAGAUGAUCCUUCCUGCGUUGCCGAAGAAUCGAACCCCGUCAUCUCUCGAGAUUACCAAUUAUUACGAAGAAUGAUAGACGUAGAGGAAAACUUCAUCGAAGUGGUCGCCCUUGGCGAAGAUCUUGCCAUGGAGGUGAUUAGGAUGUGGAUGAAAACGGCUCACAGAGAUCUAAACAAUUAUCAAUGGCGUCUCGUGGCGAACGCCAUAUCCAAGUGCUCCUUACCGAUCUUCGUGAAAUUGGUGUUUGCAGAAAUUUGCAGAUGGAGAAGCUACACGAAACCGGCGGAUACCCAUUUGACUUGCACCGUGAUGGACAGUAUAAUGAUGCUGUUCGAAAGAAUAGAGAAGCAGCAUGGAAAAAUUCUUGUGUUCCACGCACUUGCUUACAUCACCGCGGCCAAGUCGGGAUUGUCCGAGUCCGAGCUCGAAGAUCUGAUUUCGUUGGACGAUAAAGUGUUGGACGACGUGUAUCAAUACCAUUUACCUCCGGUAAGAAGGAUCCCGCCACUGCUUUGGACCAGGAUACGAAACGAUUUGCCUAAUUAUUUGAGCGAAAGGGAAGCCGACGGUGUCAGUGUUCUCAAUUGGUAUCAUAGACAAUUCAGGGACACAGCCAAGGAGAGAUACUUCAAAAAUAUGAACAUGGCCAUGUAUUUCCAUUCCAUGAUCGCCGAUUACUAUCUUGGCAUUUGGGGGGGCGGUCGACCGAACCGUUUAUAUACCGAAAUUCAGAGGCACAGAUUCAAUUUGACGGAUAAGGAAGGAGUGGCAGACAGAAAAGUACCUGAACAACCUUUAGCAUUUUAUUCGAAGGAAGGAACAAUUAGUAGAUACAAUUUAAGAAAGUUCGGCGAAUUACCCUUUCACUUGGUCAGAUCGCGACGUUUCGACGAUUUGUUCGAAAACGUUUUGUUCAAUUAUGAAUGGCUACAUGCGAAACUGAGUUCAUGUCCGUUACAAGCCGUGCUUUCGGAUUUCGAGGACGCGUACAAUUUCAUCGAUAAUCAAAACAUCGUUAGAGAGCUGAUGCUGGUAGCGGAUGCGCUUAGAUUAGGUGGUGCAAUUUUAGGAUCGCAUCCAGAUAUGCUGGCACCUCAACUAAUAGGUCGAUUAUUGCCAGAAAUAGGUGGGAACGUGAACGUGAAAAUGUUGCUACGAGCGUGUGAUAACGACGGCGUAAAGGAUUGCGCUCUACUUCCGGUUUAUCACUGUCUACACACUCCUGGAGGGCCGUUGAAAUAUUCUUUGGAGGGCCAUCAAUUCGCUGUAUUUGGGUUUUGUUUAACGUCGGAUUAUCGAUACGUCGUUUCCAUAUCAAACCGAUUCAUCACCUGGGAUCUGAGCACCAGCGACAUGACCAGAGACGUGAAUCCCGGUAUCGAAGGAAUUAUGCAACAUUUAGUUUUGAGCCCUGACAAUAGAUACGCUGCUGCGUUUACGACUAAUAAUCAAAGCGUCGUAUUGAAUACACUGACGAGCGAGUUUGUAAUUAUCGAUAAUCCAUUUCCAAAUAAAGAUCCAGUGUGCGGGAUACAUCUGAUGAAUCAGUUCUUUUUCGUCUACGGUAAAUUAGGUUGGUACAGAUUCGAUUUGCGAGGAAACUUGUUGGAUAUGCACACGAAUCCAGAGGAUUCCAACAAGUGGCCAAUUUUGUGUGUGGAACACACGAAUUUGGAUGAAUAUAGAAUAGUGUUUUGGUCUGGAAACAUAGAAGAUACCAAUAUGCUUUUGCACACUUACAGGAAGAAGAGAUCACUGGAUCCUUUAUAUUUUCAUAGCGCCAUUGUUAUGAGCAAUAACAAACAAGUUUUAUAUACCUGCACGAGUAAGGACGACUAUCGAGUCACGAAAUACACAAGUGACGAAACAUCAUCCGAAUGGGAGAAAGUUCUCGAUAUGCCAAGAGCUUUCAACGAUGACGUCGAAUACUUGUUGCAAUUGAAAUUGGACAGGGAAGAGGAGAUACUUUUAGCCACAUCUGCCAAUGGUUUUAUCGUGUGGUUUUUAGAAAAUAAAAGCGAUGCGCAUGUGUUAACGUUGCCGAACGGAGUUCGAAACAUUAGCACGAAAAUGAUGUAUUCCAAUUCGAUAAUGGUCAGUGGCACCAAGAAUUACGCCGUUGCUGGUGUAAGGAAAAAUUUAUACGUUUGGAAUCUCGAAACAAGCGAGUUGGUGAAAAUAUUGGAUGCUCAUUUCGCGAGAAUUAUUCAAUUAGAAGCAUUGACUGUUGGAAAUUGGAACAGCGUCGUAACAUCGAGUAUCGACAGAAGCGUAAAAGUAUGGAAUAUAAACAAUAUCUUUGAACAGGUUCACGUAAUAGACAGACACGAGUUACAAAUCGAUAUGAUAAGUUUGGCGGAAGAAUGUAAUAUAGCAGCCAUAGUGACAAGAGAUUGCGUAGGAAUUUGGGAUUUGCAGACGGGAAGAUUGAUUUCAAAAUUGGCGGAUAGUCCGUUAGGGGCGAUUGUUACUCACGCUUGUAUAACUCACGAUGGAAAAUAUAUUGUUUCCACAGAAUCGGGUAAUGUAUUGAUAUGGAAUAGAAUUACGGAACAAGUGUUAUUCAAAGAGGAACAACAACACGUGAGACAAUUAACGUUAUUUGAAAAUUCAUCUAAAUUUAUAACCGUUUCAAGACCGAAAAAUCCCCCUGGAAUUGAAAGUAUGAAAACUACUGCGACUCUUUUUAUGAGAACUAUUCCCGAUGGAAAAACAAUGUUUACAUUGGAAUACUUAGUCAGAAGUCAUACAGGUACAUCAUUUCGAAAUGUUGUGAUGACUUCCGACAAUUCUUUUUUGAUUGCUCCUGCAGCCGAUAAGGGCAACAGAGAUUGUAUUGUUAUUUAUAAUGCGAAUACAGGAGCAUUGAUAAAUAAAAUACCAAUAAGAUUACCGGGAUUUAAAGAUAUUUUAUGUAUCACUCCUAUGCCAAAUAAAUCAUAUUGGGUAGGAAUUAUUGGAUCUGAUAAAGGUAUUAUUUUGGAUAUAAACAAAAAGAAAAUUAUUCGUACAAUUCUUAAAUGGAGCGGGAAUAUUAGCAAAGAUGGGAAAUAUACUUUAUAUGCACCUAGCAGAGGUGGCUUAGAACUUUUGGAAUUGAAAAAAGGUACCACUAUCAAGACUUAUAUUCCUAAGGUUGCAGAAGGCGUAUUUACUGUAAUAUCCAUGUUCAAUCGCACAGAUGAAUAUGUUCUUUAUUACCACAGUGGAAGAAAAACUAUACGUGUAUUUAGAUCAUCAGACUGUGAAAUGAUAGCAAAUUACAGAGUUCAAACAGAAUUGAGUGCUAUCGAUAGCACAUAUGAUGGUAAAAAUAUAGUUCUUGGAACAGUGGACGGUUGUGUUUCUGUUUUAGUCAUAGCAGAUCCUAAAAAAGAAAAUAUGAAAGAAUAUGUUGCAAACUUACCAUCUCGUGAUGAGGAUUGGAAAAAGAAAACUGAAAAACAACGAAUGACUAUUAAGUUUAAAGCUGCUGCUCGAAUUGCACGUGUAACACACGACUUAAAUACAAUUAUACGAAAUGCAAACAUUGUAGAAACAAUUCAAGAACUAGACGAAAAUAUAGAAUAAAAAUUGCAUUAUUUUUAUAGGAAAUUUUUUUUAUUAGUAUAGGAAAUAAUAUAGCACAAUUAGCGUAGGAUAAUAGUGUAUAUUUUUUUAGUAGAAGUAUCAAGGAAUAAUAAAUAUAAAACAUUAAUAAUAGAAUUUAUAUUACAUUUAUUUGUGUCUUUUUAUGUAAUUAAUUUUUAUAAUCUUUCUUUUUUUUUUCUUCUGUCUUAUAUCUUCUCCGCGUUCAAAAGGUAAAGGGCACGAGACGAGUUCUGUAUUCCAUCAUUGUAAAUGAAAUUAUUCCUGGUUUAUUCAUUAGAAUAGGUUGCCCUUGCAUAAACCAAGGUUGAUGUUUCUUUAAAUAACAAUUUUAUAACUUGCUCUAUGCAAGGGAAUGUCCUUCAUUUUACAAUGCCGUAUCGUGACUGAAGACGUCUCGUGCCGACGCAGGCGUGAUGAAGUGCAAUGUUUACAUUUUUUCUCCUUCUUUUUUUUUUUUUUUUUGUUUUACAAAUUU